AUGAACUACCGAAAUUUCAAUGUCAAGGUUAGUCCUAGUCAUGUGUCUGGUAUGGAUAGUAAACCAGGCUAUGAUUCAGAUGACGAAUUCUUCGAUUGCCAGUCAGAGGCUUGUUUUUAUGCUGUGGCUUCUCCUUUGAGUAAAGGUCAAGGUGAAGUUUUUGUGGAUCCUAAGAGGGCUUAUUUAAAGUUACGUGGUAUCACGGGUGCUAGGCUUAAGUUAUUUGCUAACCAUGUGGAUGCCAACAAGUUUGCGAAUACUCCAGUUGACGAAGAAAACCUCUCCAACCCCUACCCUCCAUCACCCAAAGCUGAUGUUGAAAGCAGUCCAUACCCCAGUGCUAGUCAACAAACCCUAAUUCGUUUUCGAUCAAUGUUAGAUAGUGGGAACGUUGAUGUCGUUAAACAAAUGGUAGACGAGAACCCGAUGAUUUUAGUAACGACUAGUGACACACCCACAAUAUUGCAAAUACGCUUUCGAUAUAAUGCAUUACAUGUGGUUGCUUCGAAAGGCAACGUCAACCUACUUCAGUUUCUUCUAAAUUGUAUUGAUUCUGAUAAAUUUUGGGAACGUCUGUAUCCAGGUGCAUCUAAAGAAGCGUCUUAUUGGCGUCAACAGUAUGUUCUAGACCUGUAUUUGAAUAGUCCUGAGCUUGGAAACUUUGAAACUCCCCUACAUUUCGCUAGUAAAUAUGGACAUAUUGAAUGUGUUUCCAUGCUUGCACGUCAUCCAUUAACAAAGCUCGACCCUCGUAACUUUGCAGGUCAUACGCCUGUAGAUUUGGCUGCUACUCGUUUGACCAGUCAAGAGAAAAUCCCCCAUUCGGAUUUCGAUUGUCCCACUAACAUUGUUAAUAGAAUUCUACAGAUUUUUGAUGAGAGUUACAUUGUAUUAGCAGAUGUGGAGAUUUCAGAACCAGCUAUAAUAAAGACUAGGAUAUUAGCACCCUUGAACACGCGUGAAUUUCAAACGAUGUUAGGGUUGUAUGCACGGAAUUCGUGUAAAACAUUUAAAAAUGCAACCCAUGUGAAACCAUUUCCUACACAAAACAAUCAAUAUUAUUUCUUCAGGAGUUCGGUGGAGAAUGGGGAUUGUCUCAAAGUUAAGAUUAAUGGCAAUGUUCACCGGUUACGAGGCUUCUCAGGACCAAUGCCGAGUGAUGCAGUGAGCCAAGCUUGUUGAGAAAACUUUUUGUGUUGAGUAAUAUCUUCCUAAAUGUUUCUUAUUUUAGACAUAUUCCUUGUCUGAUUUAAUCAAUUAGAAUUACUGAUGUACAGUCACGAUAUUUUAAAGUUUGAAAGUUUUAAUGUCAGAAGUAUUGUCCCAGUUCUAAAGUUUUUAUUAUUUACCAGCAGUCUUGUGAUAAAUCUAUACUCACAUGUUGUGCUUGUUAUUUUAUCAUUGGAAUGCAUAUAUGUCACCUAGUGAUCGAAUUACUUGUCAUUCGAAAAAUUCGGACUCAAGAGCGGUUCCAGACCAAUCCCUUUUUGAAACUAAAGUAUCUAACCUAUUUGUUUGGUUAUCGAAGCGCUGGUCAAAGUAGUAAAACUCUCUAUCCUUAUGUGUAGUACCGAUAAUCAUUCCUACUGUAUCGAAAUUUGUUAUAUCUUAAAGACUUCGGCUACUGUUUUUGUCGGUUAGACUGUAGCUUUUCUGAAUCUCUUAUUGACCUAAUUUCUGUAAAUGAAGUUCCCCUGAUUAGGACGAUAAUUAGUUGCAAUUUUCAGGAUACCGCGAGUGGAAAUUCAGAAAGGCUUUGAUUCCGUCUCUCAGUGUUAUGUUGCACAGUUGCUUUCAAAGUUGAAAUUACUUCACCAUACUAUAGGACGCAUAUCCCAUCCUGUUCGGGACUAAACACACUUUCAGUUCGCUUCGGUACAAUCCUAAUGUAUAGCACUUCAAAUCUAUACCAUAUCAUAACUUCUUAUUACUUGAUGCUUUUAACAUCUCUCAACGAAUUUGAGAGCUCGUACUUAUCAUGAUGCUAGAUAAAUAUUUGACAGUAAACAGUCGUGCCUUUAUACUUAAAUAAAUAAACAUGAACUCACAUCCAUACUUUAUGUACAGGUUGUUUAUUGCACUAACCUCCUAUUAGGGUGUGUAGAUCAUUAGUUGUCACUGUUAAUGCGUAUCCUAUACUCUCGACGUCCAAUUUCGAUUAUUAGAUUGUACCAGUUAUUGCAAACAGUACAAAUAUUAUCCAAUCCCUAAACACAAUUUAUUUUAUGGCCAGUUUGUUUCGUCAUCAUUUUUAUGUAUGUGCUCAACACUCAACCAUUAUUGGGUAAGCAAUCCUAACAAAUUACUCCAGUUUUUUCGGCAUAUGUCUUUAUACAAUAAGCAUCAAUUUCACAGCCUUAGUCAGAGAGUUGUUUAUUUUGUGUAUUACUGCAAUUUAUCUCUCAAAAGCCAUCCAGGAGCGACAGAUUAUUCGCUGAUCACUUACUAAAAGAUUAGACUUUAUGCAUAGAACUUGUGACUUUUGGUUGAAUUUCUCUUUCGUUAAAUCCUAUAAAAAAUUCUGUACAAAGUCUAACCAUACUAUGAGGAUAUUUAGAUAAUCCAUACAUUGUCCAAUAGCAGUAUUCGCAAUUUACAGUAGAUUUGGGUAGUGGCUAGCAGUGGAAUCCAGGGGGGGUGUUUUGUUUCAUCCAGGACUCGUCAGUUGAACUCACUUGUACUUCAGUGUUGAUUUUCGUACUGAGAUUGUAGCCCAGUACCUUUCAUUUCAAAUACCAACUGGCUAUCCGCCUAGCUACUUAGUUAAGAUGAACACUAGUUUGCGCGAUGGGUAUGAAUUUUAUCUGUAAGCGUUUGCAUUUUUUCUUUGUUGGUAUUUCUGCAAAUGGUCAAUCUUGUUACUAAAUGGUAAUGUCCAGGCCAUUCUUUAUGAACCAACUCACUCACCAGGUGCUUGGCUAUGGACCACACUAAGUGUUAGUACUAAUGAUAUUACCUGGCCGCACAUACCGAAGCAGGUGGCUCAGAGUUCAGACCUGGGAAUUAUGAUUAUAAGUCGAUUGCUCUAACUACUGAGCUACCGCUUAACAAAAGCUCCACAAGCCCUAACAAAUACUUCUGAUUUAACUUUUAGUACUGUAGGAGUAAGUCUCCCAUUUAUCUGAUAAAAUCUUUUUAGUUCAUCUAAAAGCAACUACCCAAUUUUUUAUUAGAAACUAUUCACAAUAUGUUUGUUCAGACUCAUUGAUGUUCACCUUGGUUCCUAAAACUUAAUUGUAGAUAGAGAUAACUGUGUGCUCAAAAGAAAAUAGAGUAUAACUCAGUACAGUUUAAAGUAUUUGAAAGUUCCAAUUACUGUACACCAAAUUUAAUAAAAUGGGGUAAAAAGUCGACUAUUCAAACCUGUGGACUGCAAUGUAGAGAGCCCUUAUUCAUAUUCUAUUAGUUG